AUUUGGGGGCCCGGCCGGCGUUGAGCCGCGGCGACGCGACCGCACCAGCGACUUGGCGUGCACAGCGCACGGCCAGCGCGAGUGACGAGUGUCGCCGCAGUGACUUCCCUCUUGGAUACUAGCAUAGAGACUUACUGUCGACGGCCGCGCGGCGCGAAGCGUGAAGAUGGGGCCCAGGCCGCCGCACGUCGCCGAGCACCGUCGGCACCCCUGCAGCCCCGCGAGGAGUAGCAGCAGCAGCCCCGCCUAGGCCGCCCAGGCCGCCCAGGCCGGAGACGCUGGUCCAGCUCCACCUGAAGCGCGCCACGCGGCACGGCACUCGGCCGGCCCAGACAUGGCCAUCAACCUGCAGGCCUCGUUCGCGGCCUGCCUCGCGGGCCUCAAGGUGCCCCCGCAGAUCAUGUACUGCAUAGCACAGGAGACGGGGCAGCCGUACGUGUUCUACAAGGACGGAAUGGAGCGGGGGCAGGGACAGGGCGGCCAGUGGGGGCAAGGGCCACCCUCUCAAGACCUCGGCUACCUCUCGUCGCAGCAGCAACAGACCCAGCAGCAACAACAACUACCUCCCCAGACUCAACAGCAACAACCCCCCACCCCGCAGCCGGCGUCCGUCAGUCCGCGGCAGCUGUGCGACGACGGUCCGGUGCAGAGCGCGCUCACAUCGCCCGUGGCGUCGCCGUACCCGCAGUCGGUGCCCGACGUACCGCCCACGCCGAUGACGCCCAUGACGCCCAUGACGCCGCACCCCGUGGGGGUGGCGGACGACGACCAGGUGUCGGGCCCCUUGACGCCGCAGCAGCCACCGCCGUCUCAGUCCGUGGCGCCGCAGCAGGGGCCGUCCUCGCACGGGCCGUCCUCGCACGAGCAGCAGGAGCUGUCGCCGCCGCACAACCCCGGGCAGCACAACCCCGACAUUGAGGUGCAGCGCUGCUACAACCCGUCGGCCACGCCCGGCGUGGACUUGCAGCAACAGCAGCAGCAACAGCAGCAGCAGCAGCAACAACAACAACACCACCAGUACCUGAGCCACCACUACUCGCAGCGCGGGCACCCGGUCGGGCCGCCGCCGCACGUCAUGAGCCCCACGAGCUUCAUGCACUACCUCAAGCAGCCGGGCGUGCUGCUGACGCCGCUGGGGCCCAUGGGUACGGAGGCCGUCAUGGCCGAGAACUUCAACAGCAACAUGCAGGACAUGCGAGGCAUGCCUGACAUCCUGCAGCAGCAACAGCAGCAGCAGCACCAGGGCAAGCAGGGCAAGCACGCCAACAGCGAGCUGCGGCUCUUCAAGUGCCUGACGUGCGGCAAGGACUUCAAGCAGAAGUCGACGCUGCUGCAGCACGAGCGCAUCCACACGGACAGCCGGCCGUACGGCUGCACCGAGUGCGGCAAGCGAUUCCGCCAGCAGUCGCACCUAACGCAGCACCUGCGUAUCCACGCCAACGAGAAGCCCUUUGCCUGCGUGUACUGCGAGCGCACCUUCCGGCAGCGCGCCAUCCUCAACCAGCACCUCCGCAUCCACUCGGGUGAGAAGCCUUUCCAGUGCCCGGAGUGUGGGAAGCGUUUUCGCCAGAAGGCCAUCCUGAAUCAGCACGUCCGCACACAUCAAGAUGUGAGUCCCCAUCUGGUGUACAAGAAUGGUACACUGUGGCCUCAAGACGUCCCAUUCCCGCCGGAGCUGGAUUCUAAAGAACCAUCAACUGAGAAUGGUGGAUCUCCGUUCGACAGUGAACAUAAUGCCCAAACUCCAGACCACCAGCGACAAGCAAAUGGAUGUUUCUCACCGGAAUCAAAUGUGCAGUACCCUGCAUAUUUCAAGGACGCUAAGGGUAUGAACCACGCUGUCUUCGGCUCUGGCAGCAACUUUGCCCUGCAGUACCUCAAGCAAGGAAAGGGGCUUCCUGAUGUCAUCCAGCAUGGUCGAAGUGCUGGCAUGCCUUUGUACGUGCGUUGCCCUAUCUGCCAAAAGGAGUUCAAGCAGAAGUCAACCCUUCUUCAGCAUGGCUGUAUACAUAUUGAGUCCCGUCCUUACCCCUGUCCUGAGUGUGGGAAGAGGUUCCGGCAGCAAUCCCAUCUCACUCAGCACGUGCGGAUUCAUACAAAUGAAAAACCAUAUGGGUGUGGUUAUUGUGGGAGGAAUUUCCGGCAGAGAACUAUUCUCAACCAACACUUACGGAUUCACACUGGAGAGAAACCGUACAAAUGUGGCCAAUGUGGCAAAGACUUCAGGCAGAAAGCAAUUUUAGAUCAACAUACUCGCACUCACCAGGGUGAACGACCAUUCUGUUGUCCCAUGCCUAACUGUAGGAGAAGAUUUGCUACAGAUCCAGAGGUCAAGAAGCAUAUGGAUAACCAUAUGAACCCUCAUGCUAAUAAAGGCAGAAGACCAAAUAAUAAUUCUGAUACGAAGCAUUUAUUGGGAAGAGGUGUUCCUCCUACAGCUGUAGUGAAACCUGAGUUAUACUUCCCUCAAUGCUAUGUUCCAGCAUUUGGACACCCAAACAAUGCCUUUGUAAAUAAUGGAGGGCAACCUCAGAACGGUGAUUUUAAACCUAUCCCCACUCACCCUUUUGCUCAGAAUCCCAGUCAGAGCCAGGCGGAACACAAUGGGGAUUUUAAAAAUGUUCAAACUGGGGCAGCACCUGUCACAAUAGUGCCUGCUCAUCAGUUCCCACCUUCCAACAGUGGUAACCCUGUUCAGGCCCACACUAAUGGGGAGUUCCCCAAACCCACUCCAGUCCAGUGAUUUGCCAUGCUGCCUGUGAUAUGAUCUGAGCUCUGACUCUCCGUCCCUGUUCCUCAACCAGCUAUGAGUACAUCACAUGAUUGUUUCCGUUAAAUGUGGACUUGUGUUGUGUGAUGUGUUUUCCCCGUGAUCUCCAUGCAGAUUAGUGGUAAAAUGUAAAUGUUAAUUAAUUUUUUUGUGAUUUAUACGAACAAAUAUUAAAAUGUGGUAAUUUAAUUGUGUGAAAGCAAGAUGAGUGCCUGGUUGUGUGUGUGAAAGUGGUAAGCUAUCUACAUUUAAUGUUGCAUUCAGAUGUGUAGGCCUAAGUGUACUUGAGUCAAAUGAGAUUUAGUUAACUUCUGGUUAACAUCAGGUUUCUUCUUUCAGAAUGUAAAUUGUAAUUGAUAUUCAAGGAGUGAAAGUAUUGCUUGUGUUGGAAGUCAUUUAUGUGGACUGUGUCUUACUUGCAUAUUGGAACUGAAUUAUUUUCUCUUGUUACCUUCUUUCUUUUGAUUCCUUUCUUGUUGAUUACCAUUAUUGGGUGACUCCUCUCACACAUCAUAAGAGAUGCCAUGGCAACCUUUUCUGAUCUCUGCAUCAUUUCUUGCACAAGUGUUACCUGGGAAAUAGCAUUUUCUAAAUGCUAUCUGUAAGGAAAUUAUUUGAUGUCUGCCAUUUCUUAAGCAAACAUAAAACAACCCUCUAGAGCUCAGGUAUCUUUCUAAGUCUGCUCUUUUAAUAUUAAAACUUUUCUUAAACUAUUAAAAACCUUCAUCAAGGAACUAUUAUCUCCUGAGUAUUCGGAGAAAUUUGUAAAGGAUAGUUAGUCAAUCUACUAAAUCGCUGGGCUUUCAUAAUUUUUAUUUUUCAGUGUAAAUAAAGAGGAUGAAAAGCUGCUUUUCUGUGAUGUGUGUUUAAGUUUUGCGCAUGUUCACUCCAAUUAUCAUGUUAUGUUUCAAAACUUGCCAAUUUGUUUACAAUGACUGCAUAAGAAUGCAUUUUCUGUUUUAUAGAGCUUCUUUAAAAUAUGUUAGUAAAGCUUUCUUAGUUUUAUAAUUAGUUAAAGUUUAUUACAACUCUAUGACCACUGGUUACCAAAACCAAAUUGCUUUGUUGAGCAUAAGUAAUCAGUCAAAAUAAUCCCCUUGUUCAAUUUUGUUUGAUUGUAAAGCAAAAAAAAAAAGUCGAAUAUAGUGUUUGGAUGUUGUAUAUGCUGAGACAAUUUUAAAGGAUUGGCUCCUCAGUAUAUUUGUUGUUUCUAGAAAUAUUCUUAUCAAUCUAUAAGACCCAAGUCUAAAAUGGGCUAUGUCAAGAGUCCAGAAGUACUGGCUUUAUUUCUUAGGGUCAAGAGUUUCCUUUCCUUAAGUGUACAAGGACAUGUGUGCACUUUUAUCCUUCCUUCUCUUGUUUUUUUGUUAAAUUGUUAAACUUUCUUUUGUGAGAGUAUAUAGUGUUUUGACAAAGUCUGUUAACACAUUACAUUUCAACCAUUUUUGCUCCAAAGCUAAACAGAGACAUACAUUACGAAUAUAAUUUCCAUUAGAACAAAUCUCAGUUUAAAUUAUAGGAGAACAAAUUUCCCUUGUAGAAGUAAAUAUUCUAUGACUUAAAAAUUUUGUACUGUAGCCCAACGAUUCUACUAGUUCAUGAUCUUUUAGCCACCUAAAAACCUUAUCCAAUCUGUAGAAUUGAAAUUAAGACGACAACCUUCACUUGAUAAAUAACAGUGCCAUUUUUCUAUUUGUGUCUUAACUUGUGACUCAUGGUAAUUUAGAGUCUCCCUUACAAAAAAAAAGUGUAAAGCUAUUGUAUUAUUAAGGCAAAGUUAACUGAAACUAUAUUGGGGAGAAUCUGAAAGAUUACCUUUAGGUGGAAUGAUUCCUAAAAAAUUUUCGUUAGUUUAAAGUAGCUGAUACUGUGCUGUCUCAAUGAGCGUAUAGAGGAUCCAUUCAUGUAUGUGUGUAUGGAGAAGUACGUAAGGUCAUUAACAUUUGUGAUAUCACACAGGCACAGGAAAAGUUUGUUGUUUGUUCUUUCACUCCUUAAAUUAUUUUUAAAAAAUAUUGUAUGUUUCUGCUGUUUUCUUGAGGGAGAAAAUAAACUGUCCAAUGUUUCACUUUGUGGUUUUCACAUUUUAGUUUAAAAUCAAUGUUCAACCAUGCUGUUAUUACACGGAAUAAUUUCUCUAUUGGAGUUAAAAUGGGGUAGCAGAAAUUAAAGCUAAAAGAAAUCCAAGCUAAUGUUCAUCAAACUGUUAGUACUUACUGCCUCAGUGACUCCAUGCCUUGUUAAUUUUACUCAAUCAUUCUCUGUGAUUUAAAGUUCAAGUGUACUUAAGUUUAUCUUACAUGCUGUUCCUAUCGGUGCACAUCAGUAAUCUCGGGUUGUUGCAAAUGUGUAACACUAACAGCUAUAAAUUAGUAUCAGUUCUUUAAACUGUUAAAGGUGCUAACUUUUGUUGGGAUUUUCCUGUAAUUCCUUAGUUUCUUUGUUUUCAGAGAGAAAUUAUUUUACAAUCCAAGAUCCAAAUUUUGUGAUUUUGUUCCAUAUCAUUUACGUAAUUAAAUUUUAUUGCUCAUUAGAUGUAUUUGGAUUGUUAAUGUAUGAGAUGUUUAUUUGUCAUUGCCUCAGUUCUUGUUGAAUUCCAUGGUAGACUGUUUAUUUGCUUGUGUGUGAGUGUGUUCCAUUACUUGAUUAUAUGAUGGAUACUUAACCAUUGUGUAUACGAAAUGCCAGUGGGCUUAGAGUUGUAGAUGUUGAUUGUUAGGAAGUACUUUCUUUUUGUUCCUGUUUCAUUAAACAAUGCACAAAACCACUAUUGAUGUAUGAAAAUAUCCAUUGUUUAGAAAAAGGACGUGUUAAAGAUUCUUCCUCUUUAGUCCCAAAUUGGCAGCUUUAUGUUGUUUUGUACAUAUUUAUCUUCAAAAGAUAUUUUCCAAGAAAUUUUAAUGUGAAUUCAUAAGACUUGAAGAAAUCAACAGAGUAUAUAUUGUGUAGUCUAAGAAGUGAGAAAGAGUAAAUUACCAUGACCAGCUAAGUCUUGGGUAUCGUGUUUAUAAUGUUUAAGGUUACCCACUUACUUUUACACAUUUUUAUCGUCCAAGUACAACUCAUGACAAUCUGUCAUAAGCUUUCUUCAUGAAAUUGAGUUUCAUAUCAAUAACUUGUUUCUCUUAAGUGCAUGAAUAGAUAGUUAUGUUAGGCUGGUGCCAAAUUGAUAUUUAGGCAAUUCAAAACAUUUAGCAACCUAUUUAUAAAAGGUUGGUAACAUAGAUCUUUAUUGAAAAUUAUUUUAAUUGUGUAGGGCUGCUUUAAGUUCAUUGAACAUUUAUGAAUUGUCAAGUAAUAAAAUUUGAAGACAGUUA